AUGAGUGUAUUUGUGUCCACUUUUGUGGAUCAGAGCUGUGGUGAUGGGAAACGACACGCGGAGCCGAACCUGCAGUUCGUGUCGGAGCCGACCUCUCAGUACGUGUCGCCCGACGGCGGACGCGCUGUCUUCAAGUGUACGGCAACGCCGACCAGCGCUGGGAUCCGAUGGCUCAACGCUGGGAUGCCUUUAUUUCAGGACUCGUUGGCCGGUCUGAAGAUAUAUCGCCACAAACUGGUCCUAAAACUGCCAAAAAUGUCUAAACAUAGCGACAAUACCAGCGAUUCGUUGGCCAAUGAAUCCAUUCAUUUGACACAAUUGUACUCAAGAGGAGAGUUCCAGUGUCUCGCGCACCACAAGAAUCGGGCCAUCAUUAGUCAAACGGCGAAAUUAAUAUUAGCAGAGCUUAAGCCCUUCGGGCGCAGAGACAAUGUGAGUGUUGCGGUCAUCGCCGGUAACACAGCUGUGAUACCCUGUCAGACACCAUACAGUGUCCCGAACGCCGUCACAGAAUUCGUGGUCAAUUCAACACUCAUUGACAAAACCAGAGAGAGGUAUCGUUUGAUGCCAUCCGGAGAUUUGCAAAUAUUGAAUGUCCGCGAAUCAGACGCUGGUGUCUACAGAUGUGUCGCUCACAACCCAUUUCUGGCCCAACGAACAUAUGCCACACAUUUCGUGGAGCUGUCGGUUCAUCGCCAGCCCAGACAUCAUCACAACCAACACAACUCUCAUUACAAUCCCUCCCAUCACUCCCAUCGCAAUCAUAACUCUCAUUCUGUCAAGUUUUCUGUGAGCCCUAAAUCACAUAUCAGUGCCGUUACGGGCAGUAAUGUGACCUUCGAGUGCGCGGCCGCCGGCUCUCCCACUCCGGCCAUCACGUGGAAGAAGUCUGACGGACAUCUGCCCAAAGGCCGAGCCAUUCAAGACGCCGGCAAUCUUAUACUGGUUAACGUGAGGCGAGGCGAUGACGGCACCUAUGUCUGUAUGGCCUCCAAUGCAUCGCCCAAUACUGCCGUCUCCGCCAACUCUGUCCUCGAAAUCCAAGAAAUACCACAAUUUGUUAGAAAGACAGCGAUUGACGAGAAAGAGGUGAUGGAAGGGCAGGAGAUUGUGUUGGAGUGCAGUACCAAAGGCAAGCCGCGACCAGUUGUCGAUUGGUUCCACAAUGGCGUUCAGAUCACACCAGAAAUAUCCAAUAAGAAUGGGAUCGUAAUUAAAGGAACCGAUGGAUCAAAGCUGUCGAUAGUGAACGCCAAAAGUGAUUUGCAUUCAGGAAUGUAUCAGUGCUUCGCCACCAAUGAGUUGGGAUCCACUUAUGCCAUGACUGUUGUCAAUGUGCUUACGUUAAGUCAAAGCCAAACCGAAUCUAAUCAUAACGUAAAGGAAGUGGACAUCAAUGAGAACGAAGACGACUCGAAUCCCAUUGAGAACAGCGCCGACACUGAACUCAUCGAUGAAGAGGACGACCUCUUUAGUAGAGCUCCGAGUAGUCGACGAAAUAAUAAGAAUAAAGGCGUGAAAAUGGUUCCGCCGACCAAACCAGAGGUGACUCGACUGAGUGAGGACUCGGUUAUGGUUCGGUGGGAUGUGCCGCACAACGACGGACUGCCCAUCAGGUUCUUCAAAGUCCAAUACCGGGAAAUGACGGCCAAAGGCAGCGAUUGGAAUACAGUGGACGACGACAUCGCACCCCAUAUACUCUCUUACGCUGUCAACGGACUGACCACUGGAGCCAAAUAUCGGUUCCGAAUCGCAGCCGUCUAUUCAAACAAUGACAACAAAUUGGGUCCAAACUCUAUUAAAUUCACACUCUUUAAGGAUCCGCCGAUGAAGAAGCCACUCAACGGACCGGUUAUUAUUCACGCCGAACCGGUCAGUCCGUCCGCAAUCACUAUGAAAUGGGAUUACUAUGACAUCGACUCCGUGGCCAUCGAGGGAUUCUUCAUUUACUAUCGCGCGUCCAUAUCUGCCGGCGAUUACUUAAAAGUGACCGCAAUUGGCGCUAAUACCAGAUCUCAUAUAAUCACUCAUUUAUUGCCGGACACCACGUAUGACAUUAAGAUGCAGUGCUUUAACGUCGCGGGCACUUCAGACUUCUCUAAUAUAUUUAUGGUUAAGACUCAGUCCAGCCCUGAGAUCGCCAAAGACAAGGGCCAUAAGAAGGACCACUCGGACAACAACAUCAACGGUGCCAUCGAUCCCGUGAAGGGCGAUAAAGACAAGACAUUAUAUACUGUUAUAUUUAUCACUGCGGGCGCACUCGUCCUCGUGUUUGUUGUGUGUAUAGUGUUGUGUGUUAUGCGACACAAACCGCAGACAAUCCGCCAAAACGGGUCGGCAGGCAAACUGCCCAAAGAGAAACACCCGAAAGCGGGCGCAAACAAUCACAACCAUAUGUUUAGUCACAGCAAUCACAACAUCUUUAACCAUCACAGGUCUAACGGCCACAUCUCCAACACACUGAUGGCCGCCGCGUCCAACGGCUAUCUCUCACGAUCGACACUAAUAGACCGGAUGGACGGCGAGUAUCCGCACCAGAUUAGCAUUCGGGUCAAUCCGUUCUGCGAGAUAUCCAACGGCGGCUCAACACUCAACCGAAACAACACAAUGAACGGCAGCUUUCGGUCGAAGAGCGUCUCUCAGCAUCAGUUGGCCUCAAACAACAACUCUGUGGCCGAAACGCCGCUAUCGUUGAACACAAUGGAGAGGCGGAAACUGAAACGAAUGGACGAACACUACCCGAACUCGACGCUCACUCACAGCAAUUCCCGACUCAAUCAUCACAACCACAGCACGAGUUUUACGCGUCUCAACGGCACACUCGAGCGGAAGCGCAGGAGUCGGACAGACCUACUGAACGCCUCCGAUAAGGACAACACCAACGACUCCAUAAUUACGACCACAAAGUGUAAUGGUAUGCAAAACGCGGCCACUAAUGGCACUCUUGUGAUAAUGCAAAGUUCGUGCUAA